UUGUCAGAAGUUACAGUGUUUAUCAUUUGUUUCAUAAAGUGAUUUUUGUGAUACCAGUAAAACUUUGGUAUUAAAAUUUCCUUAUCAGUAACCAGUACAAGUUAUGUCAACAACUCAACAUUGUACAGAUAAAUAGAAUUGUCCUAUAUUUAUUGUCGUAUUGCCCUGUAACUGAUAACAAGGUUACAGUUUCUGCUAAUUUGACAAAAUUUUGUAGCAGAUGGAGGGAAUUGAUUUUUCCUGUUAUUAAUUGACCAAUAUAAAUACUGUUGUUGAGGGAUAUCGUGUCUUGCACAACAGAGGAUAAAAGCAAUUUAACCUGUGAAUGGUUUGUGUAGUAGAUGUUAGCAGAUGACAACACCAGAGGGUAAUAAGUUAUGGGGUGGCAGGUUUACAGGGGCCACGGACCCUGUAAUGGAGAGAUACAACCAGUCAUUACCUUACGAUAAACGCAUGUGGCGUGAAGAUGUUGAGGGUAGUAAGGCGUACGCUAGAUGUAUACACAGAGCAGGUCUACUCACAGAAGGCGAGAUGGUGGAUAUAGUUAAAGGUUUAGAUAAGGUAGGUGAAGAAUGGUCAUCAGGAGUGUUUGUAGUACAGAAAGGAGAUGAAGAUAUCCAUACAGCCAAUGAGAGGAGACUGAAGGAGUUGAUAGGUGAUGUAGCGGGGAAGUUACAUACAGGACGCAGCAGAAAUGAUCAAGUUGCUGUUGAUAUGAGAUUGUGGUUUAGAAAUGCUGCGAGUUCUCUUAAAUCUCGUCUUGUUGAUCUCAUGAGAGUGAUGGUACAAAGAGCUGAAAGUGAAGUAAAAGUUUUAAUGCCAGGUUAUACCCACUUACAGAGAGCCCAACCAAUUAGAUGGAGUCAUUGGAUCAUGAGUUACGUGUGGAUGCUAAGAAGGGAUUAUGAGAGACUGGUCCAGCUUUCCGAUCGUUCAAACAUCAGUCCACUAGGAAGUGGUGCUAUUGCUGGAAAUCCAUUCAAUAUUGACAGAGUUACCCUAGCAACUGAUCUGAAGUUUUCUAGUGUAACAGACAACAGCUUGGAUGCUGUCAGUGAUCGAGAUUUUAUAGUUGAGUUUUUGUCUUGGGCAAGUUUAAUGAGCAUACAUCUAAGCAGAUGGGCAGAAGAUUUGAUACUGUAUUCCAGUAAAGAGUUUGGCUUUGUUACUCUUUCAGAUGCAUACAGUACUGGAAGCAGUCUAAUGCCGCAGAAGAAAAACUCAGACAGUCUGGAAUUGAUCCGUGGUAAAUCUGGAACAAUAUUUGGCAGGUGCUGUGGUUUCAUGAUGACUUUGAAAGGUAUUCCGAGCACAUACAACAAAGAUUUACAGGAGGAUAAAGAAGCCAUGUUUGAUGUCUAUGACACACUGGAAGGAACACUACAGGUAGCAACUGGAGUCAUCACCACACUUAAGAUUCAUGAGGAAGCUAUGAGAGCAGCACUCAGUCCGGACAUGUUGGCCACAGAUCUGGCAUAUUACCUGGUUAGAAAAGGGGUACCAUUUCGUACAGCACAUGGUCUUUCAGGAGGGUGUGUGGCACUUGCUGAAACUAAACGCUGCACUAUUGAUAAGCUAACAUUGGAGGAUUUUAAAACUGUUAGUUGCAUGUUUGAGAAGGACGUAUUAGAGAUCUGGAAUUAUGAGACAUCAGUGAGUCAGUACAAGGCCUACGGAGGAACAGCACUGAGCAGUGUGCAGGAACAGAUACAUAACAUGCUCAACUGGCUGAGUGAACUGAGAAUCUAAAAUACAUAUGCUCAACUGGUUGAGUGAACUGAGAAUCUAAAAUACAUAAUAUGCUCAACUGGUUGAGUGAACUGAGAAUCUAAAGUACAUAAUAUGCUCAACUGGUUGAGUGAACUGAGAAUCUAAAAUACAUAUGCUCAACUGGCUGAGUGAACUGAGAAUCUAAAAUACAUAAUAUGCUCAACUGGUUGAGUGAACUGAGAAUCUAAAGUACAUAAUAUGCUCAACUGGUUGAGUGAACUGAGAAUCUAAAGUACAUAUAAUGCUCAACUGGUUGAGUGAACUGAGAAUCUAAAGUACAUAAUAUGCUCAACUGGUUGAGUGAACUGAGAAUCUAAAAUACAUAAUAUGCUCAAUUGGUUGAGUGAACUGAGAAUCUAAUAUGCUCAACUGGUUGAGUGAACUGAGAAUCUAAAGUACAUAAUAUGCUCAACUGGUUGAGUGAACUGAGAAUCUAAAAUACAUAAUAUGCUCAACUGGUUGAGUGAACUGAAAAUCUGAAAUACAUAAUAUGCUCAACUGGUUGAGUGAACUUAAAAUCUGAAAGACAUAAUAUGCUCAACUGAGAAUCUAAAAUCGGCUUGUUCUAUACUUCUCAUAAAUGAUGGAUUACAUUGUUCAUACACGAAUGAAUGAGAUAUUGAUUGCAAAGGA